UCUGCACCCACCUAGGACCUGUCCAUCUUCCCCCAGCUUGGUUUUGCCUCUUCUGUGCUUUAUCUAUAGUAUUGACUGAGACUGUGCUUGGGUGGCAAGAAAGUUCUGGAACUAGACAGUGAUGAUGGUUGCAACAGCAUUGAGAAUUUACUUAUGUCACUGAAUUAUACACUUUAAAUUGAUUAAAAUGCUUUCAUAGUACCUGCCAGUUCCGGCUGGAUUCCUUCAAGUCCUGUGUCCGAGAUAAGGUGCUGCUGGUGUAUAGAAAGACUACUGAUUUCUUUGGAUUGCUUUGGUUUUCUGGAGUCUUUUGUGCUUCUGUAUAUUUUAUACUUGUUCUGUUUCUCCAAAGAAUGCCAUUGGAAUUUUGGCCAGGACCUUACCCAUGAGAUACUACUGACUGCCCACAUUCAAGGUUGACUAUUCUCCAACCAGAAGACUCUUCUUCAUUAGGAAGGAUAGCAUCUGCUGAGGAUCCUGCUUUGUGAUCUUUUCCUUUCUAGGCUCCUAUAGAGACCUGUAGGUAGCUGUUCCCUCCAAAGCUAGUUAAAGAAGAGACCAAAAACUUCACUUGGUUCAAGGUCUGCCUGUGAAGUCAGCUAUACUUCUUUUUAAGAGAAGUACAGAAGAAGAAAAUUCUCACAUCAGUACAGGUCUUUCUCCAGUGGUAGCUUUGGAUUGGCAGAAGAUUAUUUUCAACAGAUCUGCCUUCGGAAACCAAUACCUUCACCCAGCCAGAGUGUGCCUUUACUCUGUCCAUGUCAUUCAUUGAUAGAGGCUAUUUGUCUAGAAAGGAAACUGUUUGGCUACUAAACUGACAAUUGACUCUAGCUCUUUCUGCCACAUUCACCUCUGGCCCACUAAAAACGUGUAAAGAUACCAGCCUAGGACAAACUGAUAACUAAGAAUAAGUCUGGACAAGUGUAUAUAUAAUUGACCUUCAACCAUGAUGGGUGGAAAGAAUAAGGGUAGAGCCCAGGCCAAAACUGAGAAAAAGGCAAAUGUACAAGCUAAAGCUGGUGCAGAGAAGGAGGCUGCUAGUGUGGUGAAACCUGCAGCCAAAACCACCGCCAAAGCAAAAGCUAAGGAAGGACCUAAAACAGAUGCAGCAGCAGACACGAAGGCUGUGUCCAAGAGCAGGGCUGUUGCUGAGGUGAAGGAAGGAACCAGGUCAGAGCCCAAGGCUCCAUUAAAAAUCUCAUCUGAUUUGAACCCCAAGGCUGAGAACAAGGCCACUAGCUCUGCAUAUAAAGAUAAGACUGGUACUGAUACCUGGUUCUGGGCUGGGGAAGAGGCUAGUAUCAAUUCCUGGUUCUGGAAGGGAGAAGAGGCUGCUAGUCCUUCUGUUGCUAAGUGUGAAAGUAAAACUGAUACAGGCGCCCAAGGCCAUACUGAACAGUUGGAGCCUACAUCUGGGCCCAGCUACAAGUCUAGGUCAGGGGCUGAGGAAGAGGAGGAAGAGAACGUUAUUGGGAACUGGUUUUGGGAAGGAGAUGACAAUAGUUUUGAUCCUAAUCCUCAGCCUGUGUUCAAGAUAGUUAAGCCUCAGCCAGUUGAUGAAAUUAAUGAGAAAAAUAGGCCCAAGGACUGGUCUGAGGUUACUAUCUGGCCCAAAGCUCCUGCUGUGGUGCCAGCAGUGUUGGGAUAUAGAUCCCAGGCUUCAUGUGAGACAAAGCCCUCUUCAUAUGUUGUUCUGGCUUCAGAUGAAGAAGAUACUCAGUCUUCUGCAGACAAACACAGCCAUUCCAAGCGCUCAAGCUCGCAGCCUAUCCCUGAGUAUCCAUUUGGUUCUGACUCUUGCAUCCAGACUUUAGAUGAAAUUAGACACCAAAUCAAGAUCAGAGAAGCCAAUGGCAUUAAGCCAUUUGCUUGCCCUUGCAAAAUGGAAUGCUAUUUGGAUUCUCAGGAAUUUGAAAAGCUUGUGAGCAUACUUAAGUCAACUACCGAUCCUCUCAUUCAUAAAAUAGCACAGAUUGCAAUGGGUGUCCAUAAAGUUCAUCCAUUUGCCCGAGAAUUCAUUAACGAAGUGGGUGUAGUGACACUAAUUGAAAGCUUGCUCAGUUUUUCUUCUCCUGAAAGUAGAAAAAAGACUGUAAUCACUCUGAAUCCUCCUUCUGGGGAUGAAAGACAACACAGGGUUGAAUUUCAUGUUAAGCAUAUGUGUAAAGAAACCGUGUCUUUCCCCUUAAACUCACCUGGACAGCAAUCUGGAUUAAAGAUACUAGGGCAGCUGACUACUGAGUCUGUCCAUCACUACAUUGUUGUUAGUUACUUUUCAGAGCUUUUUCAAUUGCUGUCCCAGGGAAAUCGUAAAACUAGAAAUCUUGUUUUGAAAGUAUUUUUGAAUAUGUCUGAAAAUCCAAAUGCAGCCAGAGAUAUGAUCAAUAUGAAGGCAUUAGCAGCAUUAAAACUCAUCUUUCACCAAAAUGAGGCAAAAGCUAAUCUUGUUAGUGCUGUGGCCAUCUUUAUUAACAUAAAGGAACAUAUUAGGAAGGGCUCGAUUGUAGUUGUUGAUCACGUGAGUUACAGUACACUUACUGCCAUUUUCCGUGAAGUUAAGGGGAUUAUCGAAGCAAUGUAAAAUGACCUAGAAAUGAAAGAACACUGAAUAGUGUCCCUACUCUGGUGGGGUCCACAUUCCCAAAGAGAUUUGCAUAGUAUUUUGGUUAUUACAGAGUGCACAUUUUAUCUUACAUCUUAUAAAAAUUAUUACCUGUGGUAGGUUGUAGCUCGGAGCUGGACCAUUUGAUGUACUAAAUGAAUAUUGAGUCUUGAGAUAAAGAAGUUUGUUGAUUCCUGUCUUAUCUAUAUUGGCAGAUUUUUAACAUUUUAGUUAAUAAAAUUGUGAUUCAGCUGUCAUACAUAUACUACCUUGAUCAUUAAUAUCUGCUUAGAUUCAUUUGUGACUUGAAAUGACUACUGGUCUUGUAAUCUAGUUACAGAAAUAACACAUACACAAAUAAAAAUAACCGAUGGUUCCUGCA